AAACAACGCCAAAUUUUUCUUCAACUUCAACUGCCAUGGAUCAAUACGGAGAACCAACUGCUCCUUCAGUGGACCCUUACUCAGAUGCCUACAAUGCACCUGCACCCACUGCUACAUCAGAAUCCAGAGACCGGGACGCCGCCCCGCCACGCGGUCGUUCUCGUUCAAGAAGUCCUGGAGCCCGCAGCACCGGUUACCGUAGUCCUACUCAAAAGCGCAGGUCUCCGCCUCCUAAAAAGCCAACACAUGCUCCAAUUGCGCCCAACCCCUCCCAAGUUUUGGGGGUCUUUGGAUUAAGCAUUAGGACACAAGAGCGAGAUUUGGACGAAGAGUUCUCUCGCUUUGGAAGAGUAGAAAAAGUUACGAUUGUGUACGAUCAGAGGUCCGACCGCUCCCGUGGUUUCGGCUUUAUCAGAAUGUCCAGCACUGAAGAAGCUACUCGCUGCAUUCAGGAACUCAACGGAGUCGAACUGAAUGGACGUCGUAUUCGGGUCGACUAUUCUGUCACUGACAGACCGCACGCACCAACCCCCGGCGAAUAUAUGGGACAUCGUCGUUCGACUAGGGACACUUACUCAGGCUCAGGGCGCGAUUCGUACCACCGCGACUCCUACCGUGACUCAUAUCGUGACCGCGAUCACCGCCGUUCCGAUCGCGACAAGGACAGGGACCCUUACGGUCGCGACAGCCGUGAUUGGCGCGAUCGUCGCAGCCCUCGUCGUUACUCACCUGAUUACAGAAGGCGAGGGAGCUACUCCAGGAGUCCUCCUAGGGGUAGUAGCCCUCGCAAGGAUUUUGAUGGGCCUUCAGGCACUGGUGCGACAAGCUCUUCUAACCAGGCUGAGAACGGUAGUCGUUGGUGAUGGUUCAUCUGUCAGCGGAAACCAUCUUGAAGAGGUCUCGUUCGUACAGGCACAAGUGAUUGAAGAGGUUCAUGGCGGUCAUCCUCCAGCAAGCCUCAAGUUGGCAAUGUUCUCGUUACUUCCCUAUCUUGAAGAAAGCAAGACAUGGUUUCCGCGUUCGCUAUUUCAGACAGAAAACCAAGUUCAAAGUUCAUUUCAUCCUCGACUGUUUGCCUGUAUCCGUUCCGCUUUUCAUAUCGCUCUACUACUUUGUUCUACACUAUCAACUUUCGAUUCCAUGAAGAGUGGCAAGUCCCCGAUUGCG